CAGCUCAUGAUGAAAUCCUGAAACAAAUCAAAUCCCUACAAACCAUCACUUGAAAUUCUUAUGAACUAAAACAUAGAUUAGAUAAUUUAAAAUUAGAUAAUCAAGAAAAAAUGAUUAGUUUUGACAUUGUCAGUUUAUAUACACGUAUAUCAAUAAAUAUGACUAUAGAGGGAGUCAGAAGCGAACUCAUUUCUAACCAAGAGCUCGAACUUAAAACGAAAGUGCCACUCGAGGACAAUGCUGGGAGUGCAGCUAUGUCUGACUUCCACAGUAUUUAAAUUCCAGGGGAAAAUAUACAAACAAAUUGAGGGAGUUGCCAUGGGGUCACCAAUAUGCCCGGUUGUGGCAGAUAUAUUCAUGGAUAGGUGGGAAAACAUAGCGACUGAAACGUUCAGCCCCACCCCAAAAGUAUGGUGGAGGUGUGUAGAUGACACAUUCACUGUACUUAGAACACAAGAUAUAGAUAGACUUUUCGAGCACAUUAACUGGAAGGUAGAGGCAAUUCAAUUCACUUAUGAAUUAGAAAGUCAGGAAGAUUGUAGCGUAAAAAGGAGGGAAUAUGGGAAGUCAAACACUGGUGUUUACAGGAAACCUAUACAUUCAAACGUAUAUUUGGACUUCCGAUCAUACCAUCCUAUCUCAGUGAAAAUAGGAUUAGUGAAAUGUUCAAGUAAUAGAGCACAAAACUAAGUAGUACCAAGGAAAAUCUAAGACAGGAAGUGAGGCAUAUAAGAGAAGCUUUGGAACUUAAUAUUACCCGGAUAAAUUAGUCAGAAAGUAUGUAGGGAAAUGUAAAAAUAAAAUAAAUAAUGAUAGUAGUGAUAGUGAUGAUAAUAAUAAUAGUAAUAUUAAUGACGAUAUGCAUAUCAAACAUGCGCAAGAUGACAACAAAAAUAAGGAAUCUAAAUCAUCAGUAAUAAUUGCAUACAAGGAAGGAACCUCGGGAACUUUACGCGGAAUUCUUAACAAAGCAGGAAUAAAAGUGGC